GUCCCGGCUGCAUUUGCAUUUGUUAACACCUACUUAUCUGUACUGAUCUCAAGUGAUGAGUUAAAUGAUUCAUUACUAUACCGAUAUUAUACCCUAAAAGUAUAUAGAAAGACGUGGAAAGAUGUCAAGGUCAUUAUUAUUAAGAUGGUGAUGAUGAUAAACUUUUUGCAUAACGAUCCUGAAACAGCCGUGAUUUUUAAAAGAUCCAUGACAUGCUUACACAAUUUUGACGAGUUCCCACUGAAAAAAAGAAUAAUUUUACCCUUUACAGUUUAAUUCGGAGUAUUUUAUGAAAGGCAGUCGCUCAUUUGUCAAGGGGUUGCUCUGAAAAUGUUUACGGGAGGGGCGUGUGCAAGCGCCGCCCAUACAAUGUGCCUGCGCCGCCCGCCUUGCGUUCGCACUCUCAAAUUGAAAACGCCGUGUGCAUAGAGUAGAUCUCUCUAACUGAUAUCACAAUUCGAAGUUGAAAAAAGAAGUUACAUGGUUUUUAAUUUAUUUACCAAUAAGUUUUAUAUACUGUUGAAAUGAAAUUUUAGUGCUGUUUUUGUGUUUACCAAAUGAUGUGUGUAGUACAAUAUGCCUAGGAAACGUUCGAAUAAAUUGCCGCUUGAUAAACGUGAUGAUAAUGGUGAUGAAGAUGACUUCUUCUUCGAUGAUACGCAGUCGAAUUCGAGUCGUAGCACACAAGAGCCACAGCACAGAAACGCAGCUAAUGCAAGAGAGCGGGCAAGAAUGAGAGUGCUGUCGAAGGCAUUUUGCAGACUGAAGACCACUCUUCCCUGGGUGCCGGCAGACACGAAGCUUUCGAAGCUCGACACGUUGCGGCUAGCUGCUUCAUACAUCGCACACUUACGGGCGUUGCUGCACGAGCCAAGGUCUGCGCAUACGUCGCCCCAUCCGCUGAGUCUGGCAUGGCCAUUCGCUUUUCAACACGGUGGAUCUUUAGGCUGUUCUAUAUCGCAAAGAUGGAACAUUAACGGACAACUGAACGAUUCGAAUAAUCGCAACAAUUCGCAAUCGAAAAUCGACAGCCACAGCAGUAGUGGCUGCAACGAACAGUACACCCAGGAAUAUUUAGAAAACGAAUACGACGAUAGAGGAUAUGAUGACGCUAUGAACGAGCCCACACCAAUGAAUUUCUGUGAUUAUCCAUACAAGGACAAUUAUUACGAAAUGAGAUCCUAUUCAACAGAGAAUCUUAUGAAUAACGUGUAAUUUUUUACUUUUCAAAAGAGGUAUAAUGCAAUUUUUCUCCCCGUCAUCGAAAAACAAAAUAAAAGGGGAAAACCGGGAGACUUGUCAAUUCGUUUAUUGGUCCGGUGCAAAACUAUUGUUGUGAUUGUGGUCUUACAUGUGACCAAUGAACUUAUUGACGUUUUGUUUGCGCUUAAUUUAAAUACACCUACCUGGGCAAGUCUCCCGGUUUUCCCCUACCAAGUUAAUGUUGCAAUCGAUUUGCAACUGUUCUUGAAAUAUGAUUUUUGAUAUUUCUAAGAAACAUAUUUACUUACCUACAAGAGGUAUUUCAUCUUACCUCUAUACUAUCAAAUUCAAUUUUUCGAUGAACAGGCUUACUGAAUCUGAGAGUCAAUCUAUUUUCGGGCGAACGCUAUGAUUUUUGAUAUUUCUAAGAAACAUAUUUACUUACCUACAAGAGGUAAGAUGAAAACCUAAGUUAUAUUAAAGUUAUUUUCCAUCACGCACUUUCUAAUGAAGAAUCCUAAUGAUGGAGAAAUAUAACGUCAUAACCAUUCGCAAGCAAAGCUCUUAGCUCUGAAUUCUAAGGUAUUUAUUUUUAUACUUAAUUACUGGCACUGAGAAAAUCAGAUUCGGCCUUAAACCAAAGAAAACUAGCGGCAUGUGUGCAAAUUAUAUUGAAUAUAAAUGUCUUAAAGGAGCUUUUAUUUUAGACAGCCAAAGAUUGCAUUGAAAUCAUAGUUAUAGCUAAUUUGAAAGACAUAAUUAUAUGUUGUCCUUGACAUAAUAUACACAUUUAUAUUAUAUAAUAUACAAUUGCUUCCAAAGAUAUCUGCCAAUACGUGCUUGGUAGUUAAGGGCUCAGAUAGUGAAGUUGGAAUUCAUUUGAGAUUGUAGGUUUUUAGUGCAAUAUAUUUACUAAGCCAAAGAUUUUCUAAAGUAUCUACUACGUACACAGAUAUCCAGCUUAAAGUUAUUUUUACUCACCGUAGCAUACAGCUGUACUCAGAAUCAUGAAAAUAAUUUAAUACUUAAUUAAAUUCUGUAUUGUCUCAUUUUAUUGUGAGGGAAAGGAAAUAGACUGAGAGCCAGCGUUCCGCAGACUUACGGUAAAGUAGCAAAGUCCUUAUUAAUGUUGAUGCUUUUUGACCUUUGGGCACGCCCUAAGGAACCCAAUAGGCAAUCCCCACUUUA